AUCGAACGAGGAUUUAGGCAGCGAAGCAGCGCCCCGAAUUUUACUCUGUACUUCAUUUUUGGAAAAGAACCAAAAAAAAGACAGUCAAGCGAUUGCAGAAACAAAGGACGCUCAUGAUUUUAUGACGAAUUUCAUAUCAUUACGGAAAAGGAGCCCUGUUAAAGAUGCAAGUUUGUAGACUUUGUUUCCUGGAGCUUCAGAAUCCACACAGCAUCUUCAAGACUCCGAAUCUUCUUGAGAAGAUCAUCAGGUUGACUGAUAUUUCGCCUUGUGGAACUCGUACUCCGUUCUUGAGCCACAUCGUCCGUACAGAUAUUUACAAAUGGUGUCAUCAGAAUUCCUUGAUAGGGACCUCAUCGGAAGGCAUAUCUUCAUGGUUUGCCUCGAGGAACUUAACUUUAUCUUCUAAUCGUCGCUGGAGUACUGGCAGCAAGGUUACAAAAGAUCUGCAACAUGAGUCCGAAGGUAACAUGGCUUUGAAGCCACUUAUGUACUCCAGUGCCAUCGGAAAGAGUUUGGUUGACAGCUACAAGUUCUUGACGAAGCAGUGUCUGACAGCAGACAUGACCGAAGACUUUCUGUUACCCUCUGCUUACAUGAACGGUGAGACAAAAAAAUCCAAAGGGCGUAAUUUCAUCCUAAAAUCAGAUACCAGGGACGAAGUCGGAAGUAGGAGGUUGUCAGAGAGGCCGCAAAGAUUUUACAGUAGACUGUUAAAUCCUUCCAGACCUUUGAGACUUGUACGCUCGCUGGAGAAUCGAGCUUCCGAGACUAACUCUCCUGUCAAAGUUAAUAAUAAAUUAAGAGGAAAGCAGCCUUUAACCCCGCCUUUGCUUCCGUCAAAACGUAGCCGGAAAUCGGCCCUGGAAACCGGAGAACCCAGCUUGACACCUUCGCCCACCUUGGCGUGUAAUCGCAAGACUCGCUCCAGAUUUGCUGAUUGGAACAAACGAGGAACUCAAAAGACAAUGUUCGAUGUCAGCAUGACUUCUCCUGUUUCUUCAGACGGGAAAGAGCCAAAUACUUGUCCAAUUUGCCUGAGAGUUUUCACAACUGGGCGAGGAAUCCAGGUUCACAUCAAGAGUCACCGAACCGACAAUUGUCCCAUCUGUAACGUUCCAACAUUAACCAAGGAAGAGUUUGGCAGUCACAUGAAAUCACACAUGAACGUAGUCAGUAGACAAGAGAAAGUACAAGAACGUCCUAACAACAAUUUGAUCUCAGCCGAAGCAGACAAAAAGCACCUUGAAGAAGCUUCCACCGUCUGUUGUCGUUCUCCUCGAAAAGUUACUUGAUGUGUCGAGAAAGUUACUGUCAAUGUCAUUCUGUACUUUUCACCUGAUAUUGCCAUAUUACAAAUUUUCCUUAAAUGCUGGAAAUUAUUUAACUUAUUC